GGGAGAACAAGCAGCUCGCCUCAUUCCGCUGCUUUCUCAGCAUCCAUUCUGUGAGACCCCUUUCCGGAGAGGAGAGAGCUACAUAACAGGCAAAUUGGAGAAGGAAAACAGGAGAAAAUCCAUUGAUGAGGGAGCAUAUCGAGGAAAAUAACAUAUAAUCACGGCUCACUGGCAUCCACUAUCCCUUCUAAUAGGUUUGGUGGAGGUGCGUGAAAGUUUCCAUCCUGGGGGGACACCCUCCCCUUGUUGUGGGGAUGAGCGGCGGAUGCUGAAUCUCAUUCCCGAAGGCAGGAGGAGACCUGUGACAGGCUGGAUUCACUUGCAGUGGAGCUGCUAGUGCACACCAGAAGAGAUCCCACGGUGUCUCUUGCUCUGGCUCAGUCUCUCUCACACGUAUUUUCCAACCGAAUACAAAGCGUUAUUUCACUCUGCCAAGGUGGAAUAUCAAGGGGAAGCAACCCAAAUUGUCCUCAACCAAAGAAGGGAAGAAAAAUGGAUUAUAUUCAAAUUCAGUGAAGGACGUCUUUUUCACAAAAAGUAAGUUCUAAUCAGAAAAGGUUGAGAAUUGGGUUCUGAUUUUAAGAGACUUGGAGGAAUUUUGCCAUUUGUCUUUGUUCUGGACCAGCACCAAGCUUAUCUCGUGACAGCUUAUCUUGUGGACUAUAGGGUUCUGGAUGUUUAUUUUAAGGCUGAAUCUGUGUAGGCACCUAUCCACUCCCCUGGCAGAAAGCAGACAUGUUCUUUUCCUCUGUUCCAGUAUGACCCUGGAAUAAGUGACCUGUGAAUAGAGUCACACUGGGGAUUUUCUGAAGGACUUCCUAGCUUCUGUAACUUGCAAAGGGACAUCUGACAUUGGGAGGCCCAGCAGAUAAAAGACAGAAAGCAGGGACGACCAUACCAACAGAAGAAGAAAGAAAACAAUAGGCCAUGGCUGAGGGGAUGAUUGCUUCUCAAAGUGAACCGUGACAGAAUGGUCGACUGUAUGAGCAAAGUCAUGCUGCACACGGUCGUCUCAUGCUGGCAGCCAUUCCUGGGACUGGCCCUUGUGCUGGUCUUUGCAGGCUCUACCUUGGGGUGUCCCUCUCGCUGCGAGUGUUCAGCGCAGACCAAGGCAGUUGUCUGCCACCGCAAGCGCAUGCCCAACAUCCCAGAUGGCAUUCCAACUGAAACCAGGAUCUUGGACCUGAGUAAGAACAAGAUGACAAUGAUCAGCCCUGAUGACUUUAUUGCCUUUCCUGGACUUGAGGAAUUGGACCUCAGUGGAAAUGUUAUCAGCUAUGUUGAGCCUGGAGCUUUUAAUGCCCUGUUUAACAUGCACUCACUCAGUCUCAAGAGCAAUCGUAUAAAGCUUAUUUCCCUGGGCGUCUUUGCAGGCCUAACAAAUCUUACUCGACUGGAUAUAAGCGACAACAAGAUCGUCAUCCUCCUGGAUUACAUGUUCCAGGACUUGCACAAUCUAAAGUUUUUGGAAGUCGGUGACAAUGAACUGGUUUACAUUUCUCACCGCGCAUUCAGUGGACUUCUAAGCCUGGAGAUACUAACCUUAGAAAGGUGCAACCUUACGGUUGUACCCACUGAGGCCCUUUCUCACCUGCACAACCUGGUCAGCCUCCAUCUACGAUACCUCAGCAUUAGUACUUUGCAUCCAUACUCAUUCAAAAAGCUGUUCCGACUGCGUCAUUUGGAAAUUGAUAACUGGCCUUCACUAGACCACGUGCCAGCUAAUACCCUGCAUGGCCUCAACCUGACAACGCUCUCCAUAACUAACACCAAUUUGUCCUCCUUUCCUUAUCAAGCCCUGAAGCAUCUGUCCUACCUGACGCACCUCAACCUCUCCUAUAAUCGUAUUAAGCACAUUGAAGGGGGAAUGCUGAUCGAACUGGUUCGACUGCGAGAGCUACACCUAGUGGGAGCUCAACUGACCAGCAUUGAACCAUAUGCUUUCCAGGGCCUGCGGGGUCUCAAAGUUCUCAAUGUUUCUCACAACCGAUUAGACACACUGGAAAAGGGUGUUUUUCAGUCUCCAGAGGCUCUAGAGGUUCUUCUGAUUGACAACAACCCCUUAGUGUGUGACUGUCGUCUCAUGUGGAUCCUACAGAAAAGACACUCAAUCUUCUUUGGGGAUUUGCAACCAGAAUGCAGCACACCUGAAGGUAUUCGUGGCCGACCUUUUAAGGAAUUUAAGGAGACUCUCCUGUCUUACUAUGUGACAUGCACCAAGCCAAAAAUCCGUGAGAAUAAAACACAAACAAUUACCGUGGAUGAGGGCCAGCAUGCGAUGUUGCGCUGCAGUGCUGAGGGGACACCAAGACCCAUUGUGUCAUGGUUGUCCCCGCGUCGACGAGUUCUGACAAGUAGGAGUCAUGGUAGAGUGAUGGUGCACAACAAUGGUACACUAGAGAUCAAAUCAGCGGAAGUACAAGACAGCGGAGUGUACCUUUGCCUUGCCUCUAACACUGCUGGGAAUGACACCCUGAUGACUUCAUUGGCGGUGAAAAGUCUGGGAUCACUGUAUGCUAACAGGACCCAGUACUACACAGAUCCCAGCAACACAACUGCCAAUGGAACGACCGGUGUGACCCUCGGUUUGGACCUCAAGACUAUUUUAGUCUCAACAGCAAUGGGUUGUUUCACGUUCCUGGGAGUGGUUUUGUUUUGUUUCCUGCUCCUUUUCGUUUGGAGCAGAGGAAAAGGAAAACAUAAAAACAACAUUGAUGUUGAGUAUGUGCCUCGGUCAAAGUCUAACGGCACUAAUGUUGACUCGGCAGAAGGACAAGCUGGUCCUCGCCGUUUUAACAUGAAAAUGAUGUGACUUGUUUUGUAGAUCCAAGAAUCUGAUUUGUGGAUUUGCCUAAAGUAUGAUGUAAGGAAGACUGAACUUUUCACUGCUACUGCUAAGGAAAGUGGCAUUGGAAACAUUGGGGCAUCAUAACAUGAUGAAAUCCCGGAUCUUGACAAAACAUUUGGAUACUGUGUUUCAAAUAUGAAAAGUACCUGUAAACUCUUACAUUAAUUGCCAGCAGACAACUUCUCGGAUGAGGAGGGGAAACAGUUGCUGCCAUGGAAACCUGGAAGGAAUAGGUGUCAUUUAUCAGCUUUUUGAAGUUUAUAUGCCCAAAAAAAAUCCUUCUGUUUUGGGUUAUCUCUACUGAACUGACUCAACUGAACCAUGUACAGUACAAAUUUGUAUCUAAGCUAUUAACCUACUUUGUUUAGUCUUGCGCCAUGCUUAUCCACUGAACGAAUCAAUGAAAUAGACCAUUAUUUACUUUGUUCAAUACUUGGCAUAUGUGUACCUAAUGCUUCAUUAUGUACAUGUAUGUACAUAUCCAUUCAAAAGAACUAUUCAUAGCAAUAUUCAUGGGAUGCAUUAGCCAAAAUUGAUAUAACCCCACAUGUUCAGCAAAAACACUUCAGACUUUUGAAGUUUCCAUUGAUUCAGGAAGGGCUUCUAUGGUUGAUUAUCUGUCCCUGUUCCCCCAAUUGAUUUCUAAAUAUAAAUAAAUAUAUAUUAUUUAACAAUAAAAUAGAAGAAAAAAAGAUUUUAUUUAUGAAAAAAAAAUAUUAAGAAUACUACUAAAGUCAGUCCUCAAAAGCUGUUCAGGAUCUAACAUAAUACUUGGAUUAUCAUAAAGAUGACUGAUCAUUGGUUGUACCUACAGGAAGCACCUCUUUGUCCCAUUUUUGUCUCUUUUUAUUCCUUUGACUGUACCUUUGCUGGUUGGCAAACUACAUGUGUCAAUUCUUCUACAGUGACAUUUGCAUCAUUUUCCCCAGUAGGAAAUUUGGACUUUGUUGUGGUAGUUCUUCAUUUUGUUGGUGAAUCAUUUAGAUUGUGAAAACUUCAAAAGUAAAAGUAAAAAAAAAAAAAAUUAAAAAAAAAAA